AUGUUUGGGUCCGGGAACUUUGGUGGUUCAGGGUUCGGAGGAUCAAGCUUUGGUGGAGCAGGGUCAAACUUCGGCAGCUCGUCUUUUUUCGACCCAGGCUCAUUCUCAUCAAACGGGCCAAAUCUAUUUGGGUCCGAGCGAGCUUCCGGGCAAUUCUCAUUGUUUGGGCAGGACUAUUCAAUGCCUCGCCUGGACUAUACUUCAACCUCGUCAUCCUCCGCGUGGACCGCACCCAUCCUCCCCAGCAAACAAAUAAUCUCAUUUCCUGAAAGCGUCACCAAUGGUGCGCUUGAUACCACCCACUGGCAGGUUCAUAACCGCGGUCCACUAGUGGACGGAUCCCGCAACGCCCGGCACAAUCCUGGGGGGCUGUUCCCAACAAUUGGAGCGCGGUAUGACGACAAGAACGGUCUUCGUGGCGAAGUCGGCGCUCAACGCGGCGAUCUCGGUAUAUCUCGCAGUUUCAAGUCAAACAAGUCCAACUGGGCGAAAGCCGUUGGUGUCUUUGCCGCCGUCUUGCUAGGUUCUGCGGGAGAGAAAUGGUGGAGCGGCGACCCAGAGGAUAACAAACGUCGCGAAAGAAUACGAGAGGAAAGACUUGAAGCUGAGUGGCCCUCAGGUAUGCAUGUUGCUGUCGUCGGAACUGCAGGGUCAGGCAAAAGCUCGCUCGUGAAUGCAUUGCAGGGAGUUCGAAAUGGAGCACCCGGCGCUGCUGCGGUGGGUACGACGGAGACAACGCGUGAGGUGGAAAGAUACCUCCGACAGGGGACACAAGACUUUUAUAUUCAUGAUGUCCCUGGUGCAGAGACGUUGUCGGUUCCGACGCGGGCAUACUUUCAUCGCUAUAAACUGCAUUUAUACGACUGCAUCCUUGUAGUGUACUCCGAUAGGCUUGGGCCGGUUGAUUUAGGAAUGCUGGCAAUUGGUACAGACCACAGGCUCUCGGUUCAUCUUGUACGGUCCAAGUCUGACCAAUUGAUAAACAACAUCAUUGACAACAAUGCGGACGGGCAUGAUUUGACGGCAACUGAGGCCAGACAACGUCACAUCACCACAACGAGAAAUGAGGUCGAACAGGUCUUCGAAGCCAGCGACGUCCCGAAAGAUCAGAGGUCAUUUCCUCUAAUAGUCAAUUGGAAGAGGCUUUAUCGCUUAGUGUCUGGGGGUGCAGCUCACCAGCACGACAUAGAUGAAACAGAGUUUUUGACCAAGCUGAACAGGAUUGUCAUCUGUGUCUCUGGCAUCCUCUUCAACUCCGAAGGUUGA